AUGGGUCCAAUCUGUUGGGGGGAGAAUAAAGGGAAUAUAUGUGGUGCUGCAGAUAGAUUCUCACUUUAUAGACCAUGUGUCGCAAGUCUAGUUCCAAAUUCUCGUUCAUCUAGAGGUUGCACCAAUGUCUUGUCUCAGCACUCUAACAAGAUAGUUGCACUGGUAGCAGCGGUUGAGGAGCAACCUCCUUCUCUCCCUCUUCUUCCCCUCUCUCUUGCAUUCAGCCUCCCUCUCUCCCUCUUCCAUAAUCAGUUGACGACGGCCGCCUCUGCCAAACAAACCAAUCGCUCCUCCUAUGUGCCAGUCAAACGAACCGCGCGACCGCCUCCGACAAACGAAUCGCUCCUCUGCUCGCUGCGGGCCUGCGACCGCCUCUGCUUCCGUGGCCGUUCGUCGCUCUCGCCUCUCUGUUCGCCGCAACUCUCCAAAUCGCGUUGCUACUUUGUUCAAAAGGUGUUUGAUUUUAUGUCUAUAAUCGCUCCUCCUAUGAGCCAGUCAAACGAACCGCGCGAUCGCCUCCGACAAACGAAUCGCUCCUCUGCUCGCUGCGGGCCUGCGACCGCCUCUGCCUCCGUGGCCGUUCGUCGCUCUCGCCUCUCUGUUCGCUGCAACUCUCCAGACCGCAUGAAGAAGAGUAAAAGAAUUGAUUCUUUUUUCAAGAGGAAAUUUUGUGACGGUGAAAGAGAUGAAGAAAUUAUAACUUCUACAUCUGAAACUAUCUCUGACAAUCCAAGAAUUGAAGAAAAUAAUAUUCGUCUUUCCAAGGUUCCUAGAGUUUUCGAAGAUGACUUUGAGAAAUGUUUAGAACGUGAUCCCGGAAAGCGCCCUCAAAUUUGGCAAUAUCCACCAAAUAAAUUGGAUGCAAUACGAAGAGCGUAUCUAAAAUUUGGUCCUUAUCAAAUAAAUUUAAAAGAAUAUCCUUUAUCUGGCAAUGAGGUUCAUCCAAGACGGUUUCAAUAUGCAUGGUUUAACAUAUUUUCUUCAUGGCUAGAAUAUUCACCUUCUAAAGAUGCUGCAUAUUGUUUACCAUGCUAUCUAUUUAGCAAAAGACCAACUGGACGUCCUGGAUCAGAUGUCUUCAUUGGUACAGGUUUUAGAAAUUGGAAGAAAAGGAAAUUUUGUGACGGUGAAAGAAAUGAAGAAAUUAUAACUUCUACAUCUGAAACUAUCUCUGACAAUCCAAGAAUUGAAGAAAAUAAUAUUCGUCUUUCCAAGGUUCCUAGAGUUUUCAAAGAUGACUUUGAGAAAUGUUUAGAACGUGAUCCCAGAAAGCGCCCUCAAAUUUGGCAAUAUCCACCAAAUAAAUUGGAUGCAAUACGAAGAGCGUAUCUAAAAUUUGGUCCUUAUCAAAUAAAUUUAACAGAAUAUCCUUUAUCUGGAAAUGAGGUUCAUCCAAGACGGUUUCAAUAUGCUUGGUUUAACAUAUUUUCUUCAUGGCUAGAAUAUUCACCUUCUAAAGAUGCUGCAUAUUGUUUACCAUGCUAUCUAUUUAGCAAAAGACCAACUGGACGUCCUGGAUCAGAUGUCUUCAUUGGUACAGGUUUUAGAAAUUGGAAGAAAGUUAAAAAUGGAAAAUUUUGCGCUUUUCUCAAACACAUAGGGAUGGAUCCUUGCUCAUCACACAACAAUGCAAUGAAAUGUCUUCAAUUGAUAAAACUCUUGGCAACUUACAAUGAUGAAGUUGCGAAAGUUGUGUUGGAAAAUGCUCCAUAUAAUUCUAAAUAUACUUCACAUCAAAUUCAAAAAGAGCUUUUGCAUAUUCUUUCUAGUAGGGUGAGAAAACAUAUAUGUGAAGAAAUUGGUGAUUCCAAAUUUUGCAUCGUUGUAGAUGAAGCUCGUGAUGAAUCAAAAAGGGAACAAAUGUCUCUUGUGUUAAGAUUUGUUGAAAAAGUUGGUUUAAUACAAGAGCGAUUUUUUUUUGUUGCACAUGUUAAAGACACUACAGCUUUAACUCUGAAAGAAAAAGUAUGUGAUAUACUUUCUCGACAUAAUCUUGAUGUUUCUAACAUGCGUGGUCAAGGGUAUGAUGGUGCUAGUAAUAUGAGAGGAGAAUGGAACGGUUUACAAGCACUGUUUAUGAAAGAUUGUCCUUACGCAUACUAUGUCCAUUGUUUUGCUCAUCGAUUGCAACUUGCUUUGGUUAGUGCAUCAAGAGAAAUUGUUCCAAUUCAUAAAUUUUUUGAGAAGCUCACUUUUGUUGUUAAUGUUGUUUGUUCUUCUACUAAGCGUCAUGAUGAGUUACAAGCUGCUCAAUUAGAGGAAAUUGCACAUUUGCUAGAAAUUGAUGAGAUUGUAACUGGUAAAGGUAUAAAUCAAAUUGGUACUUUGAAACGAGCUGGGGAUACUCGCUGGGGAUCACAUUUCUCUUCUAUUUGUAGCUUGAUAAAUAUGUAUGAGGCAACUUGUAUUGUUUUAAAAAAAAUUACAAAUGAAAGAGCAAGUUAUUCUACACGUGGGGAUGCUGAUAGUGCUUAUAAUUAUUUGAAGGCGUUUGAUUUUAUAUUUAUCUUGCAUUUGAUGAAAAAAAUUAUGGGGAUAACUGAUAUACUUUGUCAAGCCUUACAACAACAAUCUCAGGAUAUAGUUAAUGCCAUGUGUUUGGUUGGAACAACAAAGUAUCUUAUUCAAGUAUUGAGAGAAGAUGGUUGGGAUGCAUUAUUUACUGAAGUGAAGAACUUUUGUGAAAAACAUGAUAUUGAAAUUCCUGAUCUCAACGAUGUUCAUUCAACAACAAAAUUUGGACGAUCUCGUCUUCAACAAGGUCAGGUUACAAUAGAGCAUUAUUUUAGAGUUGAAAUAUUUUUUACUGCCAUUGAUCAACAAUUACAAGAGUUGAAUAACAGAUUUAGUGAACAAGCAAUAGAUUUGUUAACUCUAAGUUGUGCUUUGACUCCUAAGGAUAAUUAUAAAUCUUUUAACAUUGAAAAAAUUUGCACUCUAGUUGAAAAAUAUUACCCUGUGGAUUUCAACAUGCAAGAGAAGAUUAAUUUGAAAUUUCAACUCCAACAUUUCUUAAUUGAUGCUCGUCAAGAUUUAAAUUUGAAGAAUUUAUCAACUAUCCAAGAAUUGU